CCCGUAAGUGGCGUCACGACGCCGGCGACGGUGGUUCCCGGAAGCGGCGAGCGGUGGCGGCAGCCGGUGGAGGGGCGAUGAGGGGACGUCUCCUGCGUGCCUGGCGGGGAGGGUGGAGCUGCGGGCGGGGCCGGGCAACGGUAGCCGGAGAGGCCCAAAGGCGGGAGAAGCCUCCCUGGAGAGUCCUGUUCUUCGGCACCGACGGCUUCGCGGCAGAGAUCCUCCGAGCUCUCCGGGUUGCCCGAGACCUGGGACCAGAUCCACUCGUCGAUCGCCUGGAGGUAGUGACCCUGCAGUCUCCCCCGCUGAAGGGCCAUGCAGUCAAGAAGUACGCAGAGCAGUUUCUGCUCCCCGUCUACCUCUGGCCAGAGACAGGACCUUGUGAGAAUUUUGACGUCGGUGUGGUGGCAUCGUUUGGGCGCCUGCUGAGCAAAGACCUAAUCCUGAAGUUCCCCUAUGGUGUGCUGAACGUCCAUCCCAGCUGCCUUCCACGGUGGCGUGGCCCCGCACCGAUAGUCCACACAGUGCUCCACGGUGAUCCAGUUACGGGGGUGACAAUUAUGCAGAUCAGGCCUAAAAGGUUUGAUGUAGGUCCCAUUAUCAGACAGGAAACCUUUGCUGUCCCGGCGCGUUGCUCAGCAAAAGAACUGGAGUCGCUGUUGUCUAAACUGGGAGCAGACAUGCUCGUUGCAGUCCUGCAGAAUUUACCAGAAUGCUUGCGGAAUAAGAAAGAACAGCUAAAGGAAGGAGUGACGUUGGCUCCUAAAGUCACUGUUUCGAUGAGCUACGUCCAAUGGGAAGAACAGACCUCUGAGCAAGUCCUGCAGAUGCAUCGUGCCUUAGGAGCUAUGAUGCCCCUGCAAACCCUGUGGAUGGGCACUGUUGUCAAGUUGCUGGAUUUGGUGGACGUGGACACUGGACUUCCAGAUCGUUUAGCAGCUGAACAUGGAGCAACCCCUGGAUCAGUGGUCUACCAUAAGCGGUUGCAGACGUUGAUGGUUUGUUGCAAGAGCCACGCAGGCACUAAUGACCUCAGCAAGGCUCUGGGGGAGCCCGUGCGCUUGCCUGCAUAGCUACGCUUCGAAGAGCUGCUGCUGCUGCUGCCUGGUUCCAGAUGUGCUCCAGAUGCCCAGCCAACUCAUCUAAAACCACCUUGAACUCAAGCAAGCCUUGCCGGGACAAUAAAUGGUCAGAACAAGGAGGGGUUCCUGGGUUGCUAACCUCAGGUGGGGUUGUCGUUUUCUCUAGGGGAGUUUAUCUCUCUGCUCUGAAAAUCAGCUUUAAUUCUGGGGAAUUAAUUGAGGCGCUACCUGAAGAGCGGCAUUUGGACUCGAGGAGGAGGCAGCAAGCCCGGAUUCUGAAGGCCCGGGAGGUUGAGAGUUCAAAGCUCGUCCGACUCUUGGUAGAGGACAGGGCCAAAGCAAAGAGACAAAAAAUUGUUUGCUACGUUGUCGCACAAAUAACAACCGUCCUCCGACCGCCUCGCGCUCGAUUUAUGUUUGCUGAGGAAAAGAACAAAAACAGAUGAGAUCAUGAACAUGUCAUUGCGAGGACAAAAACGAGAGUGUUUCUUAAAGCUCCUUGGCAUU